AUGGGCUACGACAUCGUCCAUCGCCCAGUCGAGGCCUUGGCGAGGGUCGAGAGGACGACUCGCCCUGGACCAUUCGAGGGCAACAGCGCCUUCAACUUCAACUUCGAGAAGAAGAAGAAGAACAACAACGUCGAGUCGGCUCGUCCCGGACCUCUCAACGUCAAUGACAUCUUCGUAAUCUUCUGCAACAAGAUCAAGAACAAAAACAAAGAGAACAGCAUCGACAGCAACUCGUUCGCGACCCUCGAGCAGGACGUCGCGCACGGCCUGGCCCGCGGCUUCGCGACUCAGGUCGAGGCCGAGGCCGAGUUGAGCUCGCACAAGGGCUUGACAUCAUCAUCGGUCAAGCGGCACCUCGGGGCCUUCCUCCACUCGGCCCUCCCGUCGAGGCCCACACUCCCCUCGUCGUGGCCAUCGGUUGAGGUGGUGCCCUCGUGGGCUACGACUACCACUCUAUCGUCAGCGCUGGCGGGAGUCGUCACCAACAUCGUGGUGCCGCGGUGGGUGGCGGUGUUCGCGGCGCAGCUGGUCGGAAAUGAGCUGCUCUACGCGGUCUACCUGUGGGCCACGAAGGACUCGCUUCCCCCCCCACCCCCUUGCCCUCGCCCCGUUCCCGGCCCCAGCCCGCCGCCACACCACCACCAUCACGCCCCUGGCCCGGCCCUGACGCUUCGCCGCUUCGUGAACGCAGCGCUCCGUCGCGGGCACAACGUCACAGGCCAGCCUGCCGCCGCUGCCGUGGCCGUGUUCCAGGCCCCUGUGGUCGUGGCCGUGCCCCAGCAGCCCGCCGCCGCCGCCGUGUUCCAGGCCGCCGUGGUCGUGGCCCAGCAGCCCACCACCGUGCACCAGGCCGCCGUGGUCGUGGCCCUGUCCCGGCAGGCCGCCGUCGCCGUCGCCGUGCUCCAGGCCGCCGUGGUCGUGGCCAUGACACAGCAGGCUGCCGCCGAGACCGCCGCGGCCAGAGAGAGGGACGCGGGCCUGAGAGCGCACAUCGCUUAG